AUGGCACUGCUUGGAGAAACCUUCGUUGCCCCUCCCGGUCCUGGUCUCACUCCUCAGCCUCCUCGCGCCUCGCGCACCGCGGCCGGUGGACGUGUGGGAGAUACCGCGCCGGGUGGGAUCGCUGCGUUGGUGGCAGCAGGAGCUGCGGCUGCCAGCCGUCGACAAGAGAGGACCCUCUGCCGGCAGAUGCCGCGCAGCCGCAGUGGCCGCAGCCGACCCACGUCGGACCCGUACAACCCGGAGUUCAAGGAUGCUUUCCAGCCCGGGUUCAAGGAGGCAUAUCCGAGCUCCGAGAAGAUCUACAAGGAGGUCGUCUAUGAGGCCACCGGCGAGAAACUCAAGAUCCCAUUCCGCCGCAUCCACCUGACGGACGAGGACCCCGGCUGCGAUCACUUGGAUGUCUACGACACCAGCGGUCCUUCAGGUGCGGAUCCCAGGAAAGGCUUGGCCAAGCUCCGGAAGAAGUGGAUCGAAGGCACCAUCCUCGCAUUCCAACCUUGGGAAACUAUAGGCGGUAUAGGCAUGGGCGACGGGCGCGAGGGCAUGGAUCCGGAGUUCGUCCGCUCGGAGGUAGCGCGUGGACGGGCCAUCAUCCCAGCAAAUCGCAACCACCCGGAGUCGGAGCCUAUGAUCAUCGGGCGGCACUUCAAGGUGAAGAUCAAUUCGAACAUCGGUAACUCUGCCGUUGCGUCGAACAUCGAGGAGGAGGUCGAGAAGCUGCAGUGGAGCUCCCUUUGGGGCGCCGAUACCCUGAUGGACCUGAGCACGGGGAAGCACAUCCACGAGACGAGGGAGUGGAUCGUCCGAAACAGCGCCAUGCCCGUGGGAACGGUGCCCAUCUACCAAGCGCUUGAGAAGGCCCUGCCCUCUGGGGUCGACGGCAUCGCAGAGGACCUGACUUGGGAAAAGUUCCGGGAGACGUUGAUCGAGCAGGCCGAGCAGGGGGUCGAUUAUUGGACCAUCCACGCUGGGGUACUGCUGCGAUUCGUGCCUCUGACGGCGAAGCGCCUCACGGGCAUCGUCAGCCGUGGGGGCUCAAUCCAUGCGAAGCUUUGCAUCUCCAAGCAUGAGGAAAACUUUGCCUACGAGCACUGGGAUGACAUUCUGGACAUCUGCAAGAAAUACGACGUGUCGCUGAGCAUCGGUGAUGGCCUUCGUCCCGGUUGCAUCAAGGAUGCCAACGACGAGGCCCAGUUCGGCGAACUGAAGGUGCAGGGCGAGCUGACCCAACGGGCGUGGGCCAAAGGCGUGCAGGUGAUGAACGAAGGGCCAGGCCAUGUGCCUCUGCACAAGAUUCCGGAGAACAUGCGGAAGCAGCUGGAGUGGUGCCACGAGGCGCCGUUCUACACGCUGGGACCCCUGACUACAGACAUCGCUCCGGGCUACGACCACAUCACCUCCGCUAUCGGUGCGGCCAACAUUGGUGCCAUGGGGACGGCAAUGCUGUGCUACGUCACUCCGAAGGAACACCUGGGUCUGCCAGACCGUGAGGAUGUGAAGGCCGGCAUCAUCGCCUACCGCAUCGCGGCCCAUGCUGCCGACCUCGCCAAGGGCCAUCCCAAGGCCCAGGAGUGGGACGACGCGCUCUCCAAGGCCCGCUUUGAGUUCCGCUGGAACGACCAGUUCAAUCUCGCCCUGGAUCCCAUCACCGCACGGAGCAUGCAUGACGAGACCAUCGACUCGGAGCAGGGCAAGUCGGCACACUUCUGCUCCAUGUGUGGCCCGAAGUUUUGCUCCAUGAAGAUCACCGACGAUGUGCGCAAGUAUGCAGAAGAGCGUGGUUACGGUGAUGUUGAUGGCGAGACUGUCCUGAAGGCCAGGGUAUUGCCUGUGUGGGCUGGCGAUGCUUUCUGCAAAGUUGAGGCUUAG